CUAGCAAGAAUUGUAAAGCAUUGUACGUGGAAAUCAUCCUUGUCAUUGGGUGUAUGUGUUUUGAUGGUGGAUAAAGCUCGGGAGACCAGUGUGACUGUGAUGAAUGUACAUUUUGAUGUUUAUUUUACAGUAUUUGUGGGAGUGAGAGGUAUGAGCAAGAGAGAUGGAGAGAGAGAGAGAGAGAUGUGCUUCUGAUUGGAUUGGAGGCAGUGCUGAAGAGGCACUGAGAUACAACGAGAGAGUGAGAGAGAACGAGAGGGCACGAAUGCAGUUUACACAUUAGCCCAGCUGCCAGAAAUUACAGCAAGCUCAGUUUUGCCGGACUGGAACAGGGGGGCGUGAAACAGGAGGAUGGCAAGGACACGGAAAAUGAAGAGAACCCACCGUUACAUUCUCUUGGGAAAUGAUCUGUGGUGAAUAAACAGAAACCGCAGAAGAGGCUGAGAGAGAGAGAGAGAGAGAGAGAGAGAGAGAGAGGGAGGGAGAACGGGGGAAAAAAGAGGUGGAGGGGAGAGCCUAGCAUCCUCUGAGUAGACUUAGUGUCGCAAGUGAAGAAAAAAAAGAGCCAUGGGCUGUUUCCUGCUUCGUAAAGGCCCAUUUCUCCACCCUUGAUGUGUCUUACCGUUCCUGCCUGCUGACAGCAAGUUCUUCUUCCAUACAUCCCCAGACGCUCUCAGAAUGCACCUACUUUCCUGCCAGCAAAAGAAUGGUGACAGGAGCGCAGAGACUUGAGGAUAUCUGGCGUUAAAAAGUCAGCUGAGGACAUAGGACCAAAAAGAAAGAACAAAUCCUUGAUUGGGAUUUUAUUAUUUUUUUUUUUAUAUUGAAAUCACUUGACGUUUACUACUUCGAAACCAUCCAGCGUUUUAAGUUGGAACGGAACCCUGAGGGGCCAAAGGAAUAAGUGUCAUCCAAUCACACGAAGAUCCUUUGAUUUUAUUCCUCACCGAGAGGAUCCUAAACGAUACCAUUCAACGGGAGAUAAUUGAACUUCCUGCCUGGCAGGCAGCUGAAAAUGAAGAACUAGAGGUUCAAGUGGUUUUUCUGGGGGAUACGUUCAAGCACCCCACCACUCAGAAUCAGAUUUCAGGCCAGUUCUGAUGGCGAUCUUCUAGCAAUCUGUAUUGUCCGGUGUGUUUUUCCCCCCAUCCUUGUUCUGUCCAGUUCUGAGAAGGGAAAUUUUGACAAUUUAACUGAUUUUGGGAAUGUCAUAUAUUAGAUCUCAACUUUUAGACUGACAUUCAACAGUUUUACUGUGUAGGUCUAGAAAGGAAAACAUAAGAAAUAGAGAUCUGAUGGUAUGCCUUGGACUGGCAAGACUGUUCUCCUGCAAUCUGGGGCAAAAAAAAAAAAAGUAUUGCAUGCCUUAGUUUUACUGUUCAGAAUCAGGUAAACUGAAAGACAGGAGAACAAGACCAAAGAAAGCGAAAAAGGGAGGGAGGGGAACAGAUGCCACAGAUCGUCGCUAACUCCUACCUUUUGAUAAGUUAUGCUGCUUUUUCCAUUUUUAUCUUCUUUUCAUCUUGAAAAUUAGAUUUUUUUGUUCUUUUUUUUCUUCCAGAUGACCCUUAAGACUGUAAGGGAGAUCGUAACACAUUGCAGUGACUGAGAUAGGGUGGGGAAAAGGAGGGAGAAGCUUUUUUUCCCCCCAGCUUCUCAUUUUUGCAGUUUUAGGUAUUUAUCUUGUCACUCCAUCUCCGUUUUUAUCCCCCUCUCCAUGCCUCUGGGAGAGCAAAGGAGGGAAUUGAGUUAUUUCAUCUCCGCUGGAAUUUUUUUUUUUAUUUGCCUUCCCGACUGAUUUCUCUUCUGUACUCCUGUCUACCCCAGACAAAACGCAGUUGUAUCUCAAGUCGAAAUCAGGAACCUGAUAGCGUUUGGCAAAAGAUUCCACAAGGAGAGCCAGGCAACGAGAACAAGAGACGGAAAUCUUCUGAACCUAACCCUCCCCUCUCCACCACCACCCCCCGUUCCCAUCCAGUUUCAGAGGUGUCCUCGGAUAUUCCUUCCUCUUUUUCUGUCAGCAUUCCCGACGGGACGCAGCCAGCUUGUAUCCGUGCCAAUCCUUUGAUAUUAGCUCCCGGUGUCGUCUGCUUCAUUCUGUGGCGGUGCAGGCAGCCAGACGACCGUUCUCCAUGAGGAGCAGUGGAAGAUGCCGGCUCUGCCAGCGCUGCUGCUGUCGAUUCACCUCCUCUUCCUCCUCCUGCUGUUGCUUCUGCUGACCAUGGCCCCGUCCUCUCACAGCCAGGCACCCGCUCUCACAGCUGUCAGGAUGGCUGCUAUUUUAGAUGAUCAGUCAGCGUGUGGACGUGGAGAGCGGUUGGCAUUGGCUCUGGCCCGAGAGAACAUCAACAGUGUGAUGGAGGGCCCAUCACGAGCCCGUGUGGAGGUCGACAUCUUUGAGCUGCAGAGAGACUCUCAAUAUGAGACCACAGACACAAUGUGUCAGAUCCUGCCAAAGGGAGUGGUGUCUGUCAUUGGUCCUGCCUCUAGUCCUGCUUCUGGAUCCACCGUCAGUCAUAUAUGUGGGGAAAAAGAGAUCCCUCACAUCAAGAUUGGUCCAGAGGAAACUCCACGCUUGCCAUAUCUGCGCUUUGCCUCAGUGACGCUGUAUCCUAGCAACGAGGACUUAAGCUUGGCAAUUGUUGCCAUCCUGCGCUCUUUCAGUUAUCCGACGGCCAGCUUGAUUUGUGCCAAAGCAGAGUGCCUGCUGCGAUUGGAGGAGCUUGUGCGUCACUUCCUUAUAUCCCGGGAUACACUCUCAGUCAGAAUGCUUGAUGAAAAUUUGGACCCCACCCCUCUGCUGAAGGAAAUCCGUGAUGACAAAGUUGCGACUAUUAUCAUUGAUGCCAAUGCAUCAGUGUCAAUACUAAUAUUAAAGAAGGCCUCAGAAUUAGGCAUGAUGUCAGCCUUCUACAAGUACAUCCUCACCACAAUGGAUUUCCCUCUGUUGAGGUUGGAUGAUGUGGUAGAUGAUCAGUCAAAUAUCGUUGGCUUCUCCAUGUUGAACAGCAGUCAUCCUUUCUACCUAGAGUUCAUUAGGAGUCUAAACCUGUCAUGGAGGGAAGGUUGUGAGCUCAGCCCCUACCCUGGUCCAGCGUUGUCAUCUGCGCUGAUGUUUGAUGCAGUGCAUGUGGUGGUCGGAGCAGUGCGAGAACUGAACCGCAGUCAGGAGAUCGGAGUGAAGCCUCUGAGUUGCACGUCUUCACUCAUCUGGCAGCACGGCACAAGUCUAAUGAACUACCUGCGCAUGAUAGAGUAUGAUGGCUUAACAGGCCGCGUGGAGUUUAACAGCAAAGGCCAGAGGACCAAUUAUACUCUACGUAUUCUAGAAAAAUUCAAGUGGGGUCACAAAGAGAUCGGUGUCUGGUACUCCAAUAACACGUUGGCUAUGAACUCCACGUCUUUAGACCUCAACGCGUCUGAGACUUUAGCUAACAAGACACUCAUCGUCACCACGAUACUGGAAGAUCCAUACGUGAAGCGCAAGGCAAACUACCAGGACUUUCAGGGUAACGAUCAGUACGAGGGAUUCUGUGUGGAUAUGCUGCGAGAGAUGGCAGACAUUCUGAAGUUUUCCUUCCGGAUCAAGCUGGUGGAUGACGGGCUGUAUGGAGCUCCAGAACCUAAUGGGUCAUGGACUGGCAUGGUGGGGGAACUCAUCAACAGGAAAGCAGAUCUGGCAGUGGCUGGAUUUACCAUCACAUCGGAGAGGGAGAAGGUCAUCGAUUUCUCCAAACCUUUCAUGAACCUUGGCAUUAGUAUCCUGUACCGCGUGCACAUAGGCAGGAAGCCAGGUUAUUUCUCCUUCUUGGAUCCCUUUUCACCAGCUGUCUGGCUAUUCAUGCUUUUAGCCUAUCUGGCCGUUAGCUGUGUGCUCUUCCUGGCUGCCAGGCUGAGUCCGUAUGAGUGGUACAAUCCCUUCCCGUGUUGGCGGGACCGCAGGGACCUGCUGGAGAAUCAGUACACACUGGGGAACAGCCUGUGGUUUCCGAUCGGUGGUUUCAUGCAGCAGGGCUCAGAGAUCAUGCCCCGGGCUCUGUCCACACGCUGUGUCAGCGGAGUUUGGUGGGCAUUCACACUGAUCAUCAUUUCCUCCUACACGGCGAACCUUGCAGCUUUUCUGACGGUCCAGAGGAUGGAGGUGCCAAUCGAAUCUGCUGACGACUUGGCCGAUCAGACAAACAUCCAGUAUGGGACUAUUCACGGAGGAAGUACUAUGACCUUCUUCAUGAACUCGCGCUACCAGACGUACCAGCGCAUGUGGAAUUACAUGUACUCCAAGCAGCCCAGCGUGUUCGUGAAGAGCACGGAGGAGGGCAUAGCACGGGUUUUAAACUCCAAGUACGCCUUUCUUCUGGAAAGCACCAUGAAUGAGUACCACCGACGGCUCAACUGCAACCUCACGCAGAUUGGAGGCCUGUUGGACACCAAGGGCUACGGCAUCGGCAUGCCUCUGGGUUCACCAUUCAGAGAUGAGAUCACAUUAGGCAUUCUGCAGCUGCAAGAGAACAACAGAUUAGAAAUCCUAAAGCGUCGAUGGUGGGAGGGCGGAAAGUGUCCUAAAGAAGAAGACCACCGAGCCAAAGGUCUAGGUAUGGAGAAUAUCGGCGGGAUAUUUGUUGUGCUGAUAUGUGGGCUCAUAAUAGCUGUUUUUGUAGCCAUUAUGGAGUUUGUGUGGUCCACGCGCCGCUCGGCCGAGACAGAUGAGGUACGCCCUCACUCCUGCCCCGUCCGAAACCACAGACACUCACGAGUGUCAGUAUGUCAGGAAAUGAUGACUGAAUUCAGAAACGUUAUCUCCUGUAAAAAGAACUCUCGGUUGCGGCGCCGGCGACCCCUCUCGUCCCAGGGCAUCGUCCGGCACCCGGCCCGUCUCCCUUUAGGAGCUCCCCGUCAAAUGCGGCUCGUACGGGAGAUGCGUCUCAGCAACGGCAAACUCUACAGCGGGACAGGACCGUUAACUGGUGCCGCAGCAGGGCCGGGACCUGGUGGGGGCACUGCAGAAAUGGGCCCAGGCCCUCAGCGACUGCUGGAGGAUCCUCUCAGUGCCAGUGUCCCCAGUAGCGCACCCGCUCUGGUCUCCACGGCAGUGCCCCGCGGCUGCACACACGUGCGGGUAUGCCAGGAGUGCCGGCGGAUCCAGAGCCUUCGCUCCACGUCAUCUUGCUCACGCAUCUCACCACUGGCAUCCGCCACGUCCUCUCUCCCACGUUUGCCACCGCCGCCAACCUCCGCCUCUAAUACAAACACCGACAGCGAGGGAGGAGGCUCAGGCAGCCCACGCAGGGCCAAACCCACACCCCCUCCAAGGCCGCUGCCGCCCACUAAAACUCCCUCUACCGAUCUCCUCUGCAAGCAGGACUGAGACCGAGAGUAAGGAAACUUUUGUUGGGACAAUAAUUUAAUGUAAAUGAGUGCUGGAGGUCAGACGGAAAGACUCUGCCCAUGCCUCCAGUCAAAGUGACCUCUGGGAUACUGCAAAUAAAGGCCAUUUUUGGAUGCAAUGAGUGAGAGAAAGAUGAUUCAGCCAACCGCUUGCUGUCCAAGUGUCUGGUUUUAACACCACGUCUUGAGGCAAUGCUCAGAAAGCCAGUGAGGCUUGGCAUGCUGUUGAGACUAUGUAAUGCAUAUCCUGUGAAAGUAUGCUAUGCAACAUGUCAUAAAGGGAAAGGUGGAGGAAAACUAUGAGGACAGCUGUUAGUUUUGCAUAGGAGUAUGGAUCUUCUUCAUGCUUUGGGAUGGGGGACUAUGUCUGUACCUAAAAUGUGUGCACAUUGAACUGAAAUGACUUUUGGUGCAAAUUCAUUUUAUUUUAUUUCUUCAUUCUUUGAAUAAGUUGGGGAGGGUUACAAUUAAUUUUUAUUCCUGAACGUCUCUUGCUUGUUUUCCUUUCUAACUUCUUCUUUGGCUUCAUUCUUUCAGUCCUUUUUUAAAAAUACCUGUUUUUUCCCUCUUGUUAAUUUCUUUGAGGACAAAGUAUAUAGAUUUUUGUACGUUUUGUGGUCAGGAAUUGGUUUUCCUCUUCUUCAAACUCUAAGAUUACUCACCUGGUUUCAGUCUCUCAACUUCUGUCUUAAAACACCAACUGUUAACGGUUCAAAUCAAAAUGAAAGGCAUUAAAAACCCACUUUACUUCCAAAAUGUGACACAUUUCCAGGUAAAGCAGGAUAUUCAAGCAGGGGAAUGUAGGACGGGAUGAAAAACUCCAAUGUGAGUGUUCCAUACCUGAAUGUCAUUGGAUUAUGGAGUACAGGAUUCAUCCUUUAGGCCGUCUCAGCAAAUCCCAGUGGUAACACUGCUUUCCAGAUCUAUACUUAUUUGCUAUUUUUGCCAUAACCUUUAUUGUAUUAUUGUUAACCAUCAUUGAAUACUAAUAGCUAAUUAUUGACAAGAUUUUAAAAAGGCUGCAUUACUGUACUUAAUACAGUACUCUAUAAUAAUGCCAAUUUGGCAGUUGGUUAAUAUUAACCUUGAUGAUGUCAACCGAACAGGUAAGUUUUUAGCAUUUUUCCCUAACAUGCACUGGUGAAUUGUUCACAGUAAGACCAGGAAUGUGUGUAAAGAAACUAAAUAGGAUCUGUUUCGAUUUAAUGUAAACUUUAACCAGCUGCCCAUCAGUAUUUGCAAUUCUCAAGAACACAGAGAAACAUUUUUCAUCCCUGGAACAAUGACAAAAACAACAAGACGAGACAGAAAGCAUUUGUGCACCUGAAGGGGCAUUUAUCUGAUUAUGUGAGAGGACAAUUAAUGACGUUUUUCAUUACAGAAUAAAAUGAGCCUCUAUCAUGAAUGGUUUGUUGAAGUGCACUAGAAGUUGCUGUCUGGGUGCUUGUGAGAUGCAGUUAUCCAUUUACUGUAUAUCCAAAGUGUAAACAUAGCAGCCUUGUUUAGAAUUUGCAGCAUUAUAGCAUUCGUAUGUUGGUGCUUUAUGAUUGUGUGUGUGUGUGUGUGUGUGUGUCAAAGGGAGACACAAAUGUGAUAAUCAUUUAUUUUUUAUUUUUUAUCAAAGCUGAUUUUUUUUAUUUCUCAUUAAUUUUCAAAGAUUUCUAUACCAGUGCUUGAAGAAUCACACCCACAAUGAAGAAAAUAAGGCAAAUGAUUCAGAUUAUAUUGUUAUUAAUAUCCCAAAAAAACUGUGGGGUUAUGUAGGAGGGCUGUUGCCCUCUUUCGUUAAAUAUAUAGACACAUGUUUGGAAUAAAACAGUGAUUCAAACUGUGA